CAGAUAUACAAAUGAAUAAGACCAUGUAAACCAGAGAAACGUGUACUACUCGUAUUUGCCAUUUUCACUCGCGGCGCGCAUCGCCGACUCGCCGCGUUUCCACCGAAAAAACCCUCUUUUAGAAUCCGAGACAGAAUGUGGUUCGGUUAGUACACGUUUCGUAUCUUACCCUAUAAACUAUCUCGGUAUUGUUACGCUUAUGUAAAAGUUUCGCGUGUGAGUCGUAAUUUGGCCGCAAUUUUCACGUGCUGUAAAUUUUACGUGUCUCGAUCGAGUAAAAUUAAUUGGUUUGUUGGUUCGCAAUUAGGUAUUUUUCGACUGAUAUGCGGUAAAGUGCGCGGAUUAUUUUUUUAUUUUUUUUUUAUGUUAUUCGGUAGUUCAACGUAAUUUUUGAUCUUUUUGGAAGAUUUUUGUUGAGUUUUUUUUUGAAAACCUCUCGAAAGAGAAUAACGAAGCUAUGCAUUUGACGUGAUAUUAAAACACUUUCGAGUGUUUUCAAUAAGUAACACGAGCAAGUUCAAAUACACUUCGAAAGAUGUCUUAGUCAAUUGCAAACAACUACCAAACGAAACAUGUAUCGUCGUUUUCGUAUGGUGCUAAUUUUUUCCUGUGUUUUCUGCAUGCCAGCCAUGGUACCAGAACAAGAAGAUCGCGAAUACUGGUACCAGAAGGCAAAAACAGCGAUACAAGAAAAAGUGGCUUUAUACGGAAGUAAGCGAGAACGUGCGAAAAACGUAAUAUUUCUCGUCGGCGACGGAAUGGGCGUUACGACAUUAACGGCGGCGAGAAUUUUCAAAGGGCAACGUCAAGAAAAAUUCGGCGAAGAUUUAGAAUUAGCUUGGGAAAAAUUUCCCGCUCUCGCUUUAACCAAAACUUAUAACUUGGAUGCUCAAGUAGGCGAAUCAUCGGCGUGCGCUACAGCUUUGCUUUGUGGAGUGAAAACAAAUUUCGAAACUGUUGGACUCGAUGGAAAAGGUCGAUUUGAAAAUUGUUUCUCUAGUUUUACAUCUAGAGUAGAUUCGCUAAUUGACUGGGCUCAACAAGAAGGGAAAUCUACCGGCAUCGUAACUAAUACUAGACUUACUCACGCUACACCAGCAGCCUUAUAUUCGCAUUCAUCCAGCAGGUAUUGGGAAGAUGACAGUAAAGUUCCACAAGCGUCGAGAAAGUCAUGUAAAGAUAUUGCCAGACAAUUGGUAGAGGAUGAUCCUGGGAGACAUAUCAACGUAUUAUUAGGUGGUGGCAGAAGGCACUGGUUACCAAAAGUCUCGUAUGAUCCGGAAUUAACGCAUGAAGAAGGCAGACGGUUAGACGGACGAAAUUUAAUCGAAGACUGGAUCAGGGAUAAGAAGAAACGUAAUGUGAAAGCUGAAUAUGUGUGGAAAAAAUCACAAUUGGAUCAGAUCAAUCCGUCGAAAGUUGACCAGUUAUUAGGAUUAUUCGCAUACUCGCACAUGGAUUUCGAAACCGACCGCGACAAGAGUGACGACGGAGACCCGUCUCUUUCAGAAAUGACGAUAAAAGCGCUCAGUAUAUUGAAUAAAAAUCAAAAAGGAUAUUUUUUAUUUGUCGAAAGUGGUAGAAUAGAUCAUGCUCAUCAUUUUAAUAACCCUUUCCGAGCAUUAGAAGAAACUCUGGUUCUAGAAUCCACUUUACUGGCUAUUCUGUCUGUUGUAAAUUUACAGGAAACGUUGAUAGUGCUCACAUCCGACCACUCCCACGUAUUAACUCUGGGAGGUUUAACUACACCCAAAGGGAAUAAUAUAUUAGGUAUGGAUAAUAAAGUAUCGGACGUGGAUAACAUGCCUUAUUCUACCUUAUUGUACGGCAAUGGACCUGGCUUCAGUGUGCCGCGAAUGAUCCCGACUAAUUUAUCUGUAGAAGAGAAAAACGCUGUGCAUGGAGCAGCUGUGCCCAGAAAAUGGGCUACUCACGGAGGUGAAGACGUACCAGCUUACGCAGCCGGACCCAUGAGCGCCGUUUUGUUCACUGGGACCGUAGAUCAAAGCUAUAUACCUCAUGCGAUAGCCUAUAUAGCGUGUUUUGCUGAAUUUCGACAACGUUGCUCGAUAAGUAACGAUAUACCGAAUUCUUCGCAAACUUUUCAGAACUGUCAAAUGCCCAACAACGAUAAUUCAUCUGGCAGAUCGGCAGUCGUACUGGCGAGUAGUGUGCUUGGAAACGAAGAUUCAAGAUCAAACGCUAUAUCGGAUUUCAAAUCGCAUUUCUGCAUAAUCGUGUUAAUCCUGAUGCUAAAAAUUUUAUAAAACACCAUACUUAACAUCGUUUCAUGUUCGUAUAUAAUUGUUCAGAUAUUUCAUACACAUCUUCUUUAGCCUAUAAUAAGGUUUUAAUACCUAUUUUUUAUAAUCAUUUUUUUUUCUUCAACUAUACGUUCGUAUAUCUCUGGUACCUACCUCUACUUACGAACAAAUUUUCCAAUGUCGUAAUAAUAAUAUUAGGAUCUAAGUAAUCGAUCGAUACGAGGCUGAUAAAAUAAGACAUAUCAAGGUCGUAAAAAGUUAUUAUACAUACCUACAUAUGCCAACAUACGUGGGUAUAUAGGCUGUAUAAAGGAGAUACAUACAAGUAUUAAACGCAGUUUGCAAAAUGAUCAAAGUUGGCUUAUUUCGAACGAAUCGCUUUGGAUAUACGAUAAGAGAUAGGUAUUAUAAUUUCUUCCCUGGUGGCGUUCACACUCCAAUGUUUAACAUAAGGAUGGGAGAUGUUAAUUACAACGAACUGCACUGGCAUGGUAUAGCAUAUGGGGGAUUUUGAGUCAAUGUAUAAUAGUACGUAGCCCUCGAAUGUCAUCGUAAACUAUGCGCAAAACUUCUCUCACACUCUAUUAGUUGCAUCCUGUAGACAAUUUUCAAAUAAGUACCUACCUAUGAACUUUAAUUACUGUAUCGAUAUCGUCAUAAAGUACACAAUAAUUUAAUUUAUUCAAUAAUAUGUAUAUUCGAAUGAGUAAAAGUGUCGAUGAAAUAUACCAGAAAUAAUAAAUAUAGGAACCAAAAUUACAAAACGAUGAAAUAAUUAGCAUAAAUUAAGAAUGGAGAAAAAAAUCUCAAUUAUGUACAUUACAAUAAAUAAUCGCGAAAUGAGAUAAGAUGAGAUGAGGAAGAAAGACAAAAAUAGAGAGAAAUAAAGGAUCAGUGUUUCUUGUUAGAGCUGAAUAUGUCGCUCACAUUCUUAACUAUUUUUCUGACGAAACUACCAAAAUGGAAUUUUUUUUUACAAACUGAAACAGAAAAUAUUUACGUUAUAGAGUUGUAAGAGUAAAUAAGUACCAGAAGUAAACGUCGACGACAAUUAGGAAAUAAAAAUAUUACCUCUUUGAGACGGUUCCCAUCCGAUAUAUUCUCCGCUUUUUUUAUUCUCUUCCUUUAACCAUUCGUAUAUAGGAGCGAAAUACCGCAGCAAUGGGCCAGCGUCCAUAAUUCUCUGUCCGGUUAGUAUUUGCAUCGCGUCAGGCCACGGUUUCGAAGAUCCUAAUCUUAACAUUUUCCUGUAAAUAAAGUAGGUAUUAAAAUGUGUAUUUUAUGGUACCAGAGAACGACGCUUCAGCGAAGAAGAUUCGCUUAUUAUGCAAAAACUUUGUAAUAUUUUUGUAAAAAAAUAAAAAUAAAAAAUAAAUGUCUCGUGUACAGAUGUAUCUAUACGUAUUAUACAAUUUUUUUCUGUUUUGUAGAUUUUGGCGUAUAUUUUAGAUGAUUAUUUACCUACGUUUUGUACAUGAUUGUUAUAAUUUCGAAAUUUAAUAAAUCACGCGAAUGUUUUUGUUA